UGUCAGAUUGUAUUUUGUUGUGUAAAACCAAAGCAAAGCAUUUUAUAAUAUUUUAUUUCUAUAUGAGUAUCGUAAUAAGUAAUGUCUGUAGAUAAUAAUGAACCAGAACUAUUACCACAUCAUGAGCAGCAGUCUCUAUGUGAAACGCGCUUGCCUUACCGACAGGGAAAAAAACUUACCGCUGUGAAGGUAUACUCAAUCAACAAUGAAUCAAGACAUCUCCUAGUAUUCGGAGUGCCAUCUCUCAAUCUCCGACAAGAGACCAAGGCAUUGUUUGCCAAAUUCGGUAAACUACAGUUUAAUUUGACAAAGUACCCGUCUGAGCAGUUUACGGAGACAUACCAUGCUGCUUUCCAAGAUAUUCAGGCAGCUAGGCUUGCUAAAAAGAUGCUAGAUACCAAAAAUUUCUAUGGCGGUAAUCUACAUAUAUGUUAUGCACCAGAAUUUGAAAAUGUUGACGACACAAGACAAAAAUUGUUGCUAAGACAACGUAAUGUUGUUGCCAGGCUGAAAAAUUUGCAAAAAAUUGAUGUUAAUAAUGAGGUUGGUACCAAAGAGGUUGUUGAUAAUGCUGAAGUAAACGUACCUACGGUUAGUAAUGAAAAACUUUACAUGGGUGUUGUAAAUAAUAUUGGUACAAGUAAAAGAAAGGUAACGGACUUUAAGUCUGUUAAGCAUUGCAAGUUAAAAAAGUCAAGGAAUUUUGAAAGGAAAAUGUGUGUUGCCGUUGUUGAAAAUGAUGUUGAACCUACUAAAGUGGUAGAAACUGCUAUGCCUGAAAGUGUGUGUGAAGUGGUAGAUUUUACUUCUGCAGAAAAAGAAGUAUUAACGAAUAUUAAUGAGAGUUUAAACUAUGAUAGAUUUGGUUCAGAAAUAAUAAAGCAAGUACCUAUUAAGCCUGUAAAUAAAAUACAAUUUAAUAUUAAUAAAAAAUCGUGAAGUAGC